CAUAACUAAGAAAAUGGGUUGGUUACAGUUCAGUGUACCAGGAUUGUGGCAGUGAGGUUUGGGUUUAAUCCCAGCUCUGUAUGACAGUUUCUGGUUAAAAUCAGCAAGGAAGCUUGGCUGUUAAGCGCAGCAGAAUUAGAGCAGUGAGUUACAUGUUUGAGACCACAGCAGGCUGUGAAUCUUCUGCAAUGUUGAGAAUCGGUGGCAGAUCUAAUAGCCAAAUCAAUGUUGAAACUGCUCCUAUUAUAACUAAUGAUAUGCAAACUAGGGCAUGGCUUGAUAAAAUUUGUAGAUAGAAUCUUUAGACAGCAACCUCAUUCAGUUAAAAGCAAAUAUUGAGCGCAAUACAUCGAACCCAACAAAAAGUACAGGACAAAAAUUUUUCAUUGUUUUUAAGGAAUGACUGAGUUUAAAUUUACUUAUCCUCUAUAAAAUAGAGCAUUUGACAACCAUUUCAAGAAGGGUUCAAACUUCACCCAUUUAAACUUACGCAGCAAAGGGCUUGUCAGCUAAUGGAUUUCCCUGGGGAGGUUUUAAAAUUGUAACUGCUUAAUGAAUUUUUUGUGCAGAUGUAUUUAUAUAUACAGAUUUUCUCAAUAAUGUGUCACAUAGCCUGAAUAUUUUAUUUUUAUCAGUUAUUACACAUCUACAAUCAUCACAUACUAUCAUGGCAAGCAAUGCAUUCAAGUGCCGGGUUUUGCUGCACCAACUCCCUGCAGCUGCCGUGGGGAGGGGCUGGUGUGCCAUGCCAAGCCUCGCUCAAGUGUGUGCUGAUGCUGGCAGUGUGAAGUGUGAAGCUUUGGAUGCUAGUUCUGCCUCCUCAGCCCCUGAAGUUCCAAUUGUGUAUGUCAAGGAGGAGUUAGUGGAAGCCAUGGAGCCAGUUCAUGUGAAGGAGGAGUCAUUCAAUUAUGAUGAAGAGACACAUGAACCUCCCAGCCCUGGUUGUGGGGAUCCGCCAGUCCCCCCUCCCCCGCUGUGUGUGCCCUGCAAGAGGGAAGCGCCAAGUGAGGCUCAUGAGGCUCCCCACGCCCCUCAACAUUCCUCGUUGAUUGAUGGGCCCAGCAGCGGCAAGUUGUCCACGGCUGGGAAAGCUGCUGGCGAUUUCCACGUCUCUGCAGCAGCGGCUGGUGGCGGUGGCCACGUCUCUGCAGCAGCGGCUGGUGGCGGUGGCCACGUCUCUGCAGCAGCGGCUUGUGGUGGUGGCCACGUCUCUGCAGCAGCGGCUGGUGGCGGUGGCCACGUCUCUGCAUCAUCCAGCCCCAAGCAGCUCGCCCAGAUGCUGCAGCAACAUAUUCCUGAUAAACAUGCACGCAAGAGAACCUAUCAAUGUGCUGAUUGUGAAUAUGUUGGUCUUUUUAAGUGUAAUUUAAGUAGGCAUAUUCUUUCCAAGCAUACAACAGAGAAACCUUUUUCCUGCUCUGAGUGCUCACAUACUUGCGUCACAAAAUUAGAUCUAAGUAGACAUAUUCUUCAUAAACAUUCAGCAGAGAAACCUUUCACCUGCUCUGAGUGCUCAUAUACUUGCGUCACAAAAUUAGAUCUAAGUAGACAUAUUCUUUAUAAACAUUCAGCACAGAAACCUAUUACCUGCUCUGGAUGCUCAUAUGCUUGUGUCACACGAUCAGAUCUGAAGAAACAUAUUCUUUUCAAGCAUUCAGUCGAGAAACCUUUCACCUGCUCUGAAUGCUCAUAUUCCUGCGUCACACAACAAAAUCUAAGAAGUCAUAUUCUUUAUAAACAUUCAGCAGGGAAAUCUUUUACCUGCUCUGAAUGCUCAUAUGCUUGCGUCACACGAACAGAGCUAAAGCGACAUAUUCUUUCCAAGCAUUCAGCUGAGAAGCCUUUUUGCUGCUCCGAGUGCUCAUAUGCCUGUGUCACACAACGAAAUCUAAGUAGUCAUAUUCUUUAUAAACAUUCAGCAAAGAAACCUUUUAAAUGUUCUGAAUGCUCAUAUGCUUGCGUCACACGAUCAAAUCUAAAUCGACACUGUCUCUCCAAGCAUUCAGCUGAGAAGCCUUUUGCCUGUUCCCAGUGCGAAUAUUCGUGCGUCGAUCGUCGCGAUCUCGAUCGGCAUAUUCUCCGUAUGCAUUCUUGAUCAAAAACUCACCCAAUGGAGUGAAAUUCUUGAUUAAUUUACGAUAUAAACUUGUGAACCUCCGUUGCUAGGUGCUGUUCCCGGUGCCCCGGGCUGAAUUUUCUUGUUGAUAUUGGCAUGGUGCUGCCCGGUGUCAAUCAGGCGUCUCAUUCUAUUCAUUAUAAUUGAGACGUAAUAUUCACUAGACGUGAUAUAGAUUGAUGUAAAAGUACUAGACUUAGUCAGCAUGGGCACCAUCACGUGAAAGAUCACGCGAUCAAGCCCUCAGUAGUGGGCGGAAGACGUACUUCUAUAAAAGGGCUGGGAACCUUAGUAAGUCCCCCGCAGAUGCUGACAAGUACACCCGCCGCGAUGUA